AGCAUCAAACUAAAUAAUGAAUAGUGGAAUAACCAAACUGCUGCUGCUGCUGCUGCUCGCCUGUAGCAGCGCCUGGCUGAGCCUGGCCAGCGCCGAUGAUGAGGAGUCAGCCAGCAUGACUGUGGACGAUGUCAUCAAGAUGAUUGAGUUCAUUACGGAUCAAUGUGAGCCGAAGCCAGAGCGCGAACAUCUGGUGGAGCUGAUAUUGUCCAAGGAUGAUGCCAAGCAUGAGACCAAGUGCCUGCGCAGCUGCAUGCUGAAGCAGUUCGAACUAAUGGGCGCAUCGGACACGCAGUUCAAUGAGGAGAAGCUUGCCGAGGCCAUGAAUAUGAUGUUUUCUGGACGCGAGGACGACUCCAAGCGCAUCAUUGGCAAAUGCAAUCAAGCACCAGCUGGUGUAACCGAUGAAUGUGAAACUUCGCAUAGCAUCUCCAUGUGCAUUAUGCGCGAGAUGCGCGAGUCCAACUACGAAAUUCCUGAUAUAAAGGAGUAAGUGGCGUUUCACUGGCGUCCACAAUGCUUGGCUUACAUUAAAUUGUUUUUUUUUUUUUUUGUUUUUUUUGUAUUAAUAUAAUUAAAUACGAUAGCACGCCUUAA